CUAUGGCCUGAAAAUGCAAACUGUAACUGGUUUUAAUUUGGCAAUUUCAAAACUGCCAAAUUAGUGGACCUAAUUGCUGUAGUAGCCUAAGACGUCAAAUUAAAAAUCGCUAAAUUCUAAUAGCUCACUCGCCAAAUAAUUAUAAUAGCCGCUAAAUGUUCCAGGUGUCUCAUAUUUUGUCUGACUGAAGUGAUGGUAGCUCUGAUGGUAGCUCAGCUAACUUGUUGCUUGGUUCAUUGUGGCAAAAUGAUAUGAGCUAAAACUUGUAUGUAUAGCUAUAGGGAGCGGAGGGCCUGUAUUUACUAGGCUCAAAAUUGGAUAUUUCCGAAAGCAGCUUGUUGACCUCAAGCAUUAUAAUUAUAGAAGGAGUGCUGUGAAAGUAGAGUAGUAACCCCUUGAGUUGUGUGAAAAGUCUGCAAUAGCCAGUAUUUUACCCAUCAUUGAUUUUUGUGAUGUGUGGGUGGACAGACAGGUAAUCACUACAUUGUGGUUGCAGUGCUCUUGGAGUAUAGCCGGCCUGCAAAGGUAUGGAAAACCACUGUAGCUCGAUCAAGCUAAAUUCAAGAAUAUCAAGCAUAGGUGCUAGUGCUGUUGGUAAGUUAAGUGUGUGGAUCAUGGUGGUUACCAAAGGAUACAUGUUACGUGUGGCACUACUCACGGUCAUACUGAUGGCCAUAUCCAAAACUGUAAGAGGUGAAUUUAUUCUCACUGUCAACUUAGUCAACUACACCAACCCAACCGGACUGUGUGCUGAAUGUGCUAUUCCACUGAGUAGUGUGACAAGCGCUGACGUGUUAGUACUAGUGUGCUGUGAUGAUCGACCACUCACAAGCACCAACUGUGACAACACAGGAGAGGAGAGAUGUGACACCAGGUUCCGUUGGACCAUCAGACCAUUUGGUGCAUCACUAGAGACAAGACCCAGCAUGGGGUACUUCUUCACAGACUGUACUAUGUCCCCCAGCACUUGCCCAUUCAGUGAAAUGAGCACAACAUUUGGUCAAGGUCCAACAGCACUACUGGGAGUAACAUCCAAUCCUCUACCUGUUUCAGAUUUUACUAGAUGGACGGGUCGAACACAGUUCUUUAUCGAAGCAUUGGACAGUGGACUCCCGAACAUAAUAGACAGUUUGUUGAUUGACCUGGACAACCUCCAACUUGGAGCAGACUCCACAGAGGAGAUGACGUUCACUGGAUUUCACAACGUAUCUCACAUGACCAUGAGUUUCAAAGUUGAGUGCUCUCCUAGUUUCUGUGGACCUGACUGUUCCACUACACCUCAAAACAAUCCACGAGUGGCAACAUGUCAAGCUGAUGGCACUCUAACAUGUACUGAUCACCGAUUUGACCCUUCACCUCUUGUAGUCUGCACCCAGUGCCUACCAGGCUGGGACAUCACCUCGGACUGUACUAGUUGCCUACCCAACAGAGACCCAGUCACCAACUGCUCCCUCUGCCUACAACCAGACAGGUUCACUCAUACAGACUGCAGUGUGUGUGCUCUACCAGGAGGGGACCCAGCAACACUCUGUCAAACAUGCUUGGCCACUAACUUUGACUCUAACACAAAUUGCUCUGAAUGUGUAGGCAAUUAUGAUCUCGGCUCCAGCUGCUCCACUUGUCUGCCUGGAUAUGAUAGUAGCCGUGGCUGUGCAGUGUGUUUAUUUGGACGAAACAUAUCCACAAGAUGUACCACUUGUCUGUCUGGAUUCACUGGCAGUAACUGUGAACCUGCCCCUUCCGUGGAAUUUGAUCUUGUGGCUGGUAUAGCUGGUGGAGUGAGCGGAGCUCUUUUUUUGGUGAUAAUCCCCUUGGUGAUCGUUGUGUGUGUGCUCGUGUGUCAAUUUAGGAGAAGAUGUCACGUCAAGUUUGUUUCAGAUGAAGGAGUAGCUCGUACUGCUUACAAUAAUACUGGAACUGGAACUGGAACUGGAUCGUCAGCAGAACAUAAGUUUCAGAAUCCGAUAUAUGGCCCUGGAUUGGAAAUGAACUCAAAAACUGGAACAGGGUCAUCAGAUGAUCGCACAUUUACUAAUUCACUGUACGAGACCUCGAACGUGCACACAGAAGAUGAUUACUCUCACCCUAGUGUCAGCCCACCCUCACAUAUGGUAAAAACAGGCACCCAGGAUCUCACGUCUACUCUCGAUGGACCAACGUACGAUACAGCUAGCUGUCUUGAUAACAACCUGCCAAGAGAAGGCACACCUGUUUACGACACAGCUGAUCUUACUCAUCGACCACCUCCUACCAACCCACUGGAUGAAGACUAUUCUAAACUGUGUCAACCUCCGGUAACAAGCGUAACACCUCAACCAACUUCUUCUCUGGCUGACUAUGACACGGCCACGUUUAUCGAGCAGCCUGUCUAUGACGAAGCUUUCCCUCCUCCAGAUGAUUCACUUUCUAAGAAAGGGGCCAGGCAUCCAUCAAAGUCUGCUGGAGCUUAUGAAGAGAUUGAAGAUGAAGAUAUCCGUGGGAGAGACGAGUACGAUACAACUUACCCCCCUCCUGCAGUUAUACCUAGUGUUAAUGCAUACUCGAAACUGGGUAAGCAUGAAGCUGAGCUUCCUGCAUACGAUGUAGCAAAUAAUCAUAACCCGAAACAGGUACAGCCUAAAGCUCCACCUCCUAAUGGAAGUUUGUACGAUACUGCUGAUUAUCCCCAAGAACAAGCAGCUCGACCUGAACGUGAUUAUACAGAAACUAGCGACUUUCUUCCUACUUUGAUAAAAGAGGAAACGUCUCAACGCACUUAUGAUUAUGCAGAUGCUAAUGAAUUCCUUUCUGCUUCCUCCUCUGCCAAACAUUCGUAUGACUACUGUGGUAUCCUUACGACAUGGAACUAACAUUAAGAUAAAGACUUGUGAUUCCGUAAAUACUGUACUGUAAACCUGUGAUUCCGUAAAUACUGUGUUGUGUUAGUUCUAGUGGUUUCAUGUUCUUAUUUAGUCAUUUCUGUACUAUUGUUCUAGAAGGUUCUUUCUAGUAUUGUUUUUGUAUAAAUAGCCUGUGUAUUUUGUAUGUAUCAGAGUUCUGAUUUAAUGAAUUAUUGAAGUUAUCUCAA